UGACUUGUCCCCUUGCUUCCGGGUGCGCGUCGCGGUCGUCCCGGCCCUGCGCGCUACGAUGGCGGCGCCGGGCGGUGAGGAGGCGCGGGCAGGCGGCCCGGGGCUGGGUGCCGGCCCGGGGCUGGGUGCCGGCCCGGGGCUGGGUGCCGGCCCGCCUCACCCGGGCGUCCCGCCUCACCCCGGCGUGGCGCGGCGGCGGGGCCGGACGCUGCUGGUGCGGCACCUGCCCGCCGAGCUGGCGGCGGCGGAGAAGGAGGAUCUGCUGAAGCACUUCGGAGCGGUGUCUGUGCGCGUCCUGUCGGACCACGGGCGGCUGAAACACACUGCUUUUGCUACCUUUCCCAGUGAAAAUGCAGCUGUGAAGGCUUUGUCAAGACUACAUCAGCUGAAACUUUUAGGUCACACCUUAGUAGUUGAAUUUGCAAAGGAGCAAGAUAGUGUGCAGGUACUUAGCCAGCCCUCUGUCUCAGAGAAGUGUAAAAGUUCUGAAGAACCAGUGAAAGAAGAAGAGAAAAAAGAACCAAGCUGUGUUAAAAUAGAGAAUGGAAUUGCACCAAAUCAUGGCCUCACCUUUCCCAUCAAUUCUUGCCUCAAAUAUUUAUAUCCGCCACCUUCAAGUACAAUUCUAGCAAAUAUAGCAAAUGCCUUGGCAAGCGUGCCCAAAUUUUAUGUCCAGGUACUUCAUCUUAUGAAUAAAAUGAAUCUUCCUCCACCUUUUGGACCAAUUACUGCUCGUCCUCCCAUGUAUGAAGAGUAUUUACCAGUGCCUGUGCCACCUCCUCCAAUCCCACCUCUGCCUCCUGAAGAGCCUCCUUUGCCUGAAGAGGAGGAAGAGCAACCAUCUAGUGGAGAUGAAUCAGAAUAUGAAAGUGAUAAUGAGGAGGAAAAGGAGAGAAUGACCAAGUUGAUGGAAUUAGCAACGCUUCAGCCUAAGAGACCAAUAAACACAAAGAGGCGUGGUGUUAGAAAAAAGCAAAGAAUUAAAGACUUACUGAAUGUUCCUGUGUGUACUUCCCACAGUAAUUUGCAUCCUACACUGUCAGCUUCAGAUGUCUUUGACCAGCCACAGCAUAUAGGUCAUAAAAAAAUAGAGUUCCAUAUUAGUGCUGACAUCCCAGCUGUUCUUCAGAUAAACUCGGAAAAAGAAGAAAAAAAUGACCUUUAUGCAGCCACAGAAGAAAUGAAUAAUACAGGCUUUGGAAGGAUUUUCCCAGCUCCUAGGUCAGAUGAUAAAAUGGAAACUGAAGAGGAAGAUGAUGAAAUACCGUCAGAAUUUAUUUCAAGAAGGGAUCUAGAGAAGAACAGACUUUCUAGAGAAGAAAUGGAAAAAUUCUCUGUUUUCAAAAACUAUGAGCCAGGUGAUCCAAACUGUAGGAUAUAUGUGAAGAAUCUGGCUAAACAAGUUCAAGAAAAGGAUCUGAAGUUCAUUUUUGGAAGAUACGUUGAUUUCCAGUCAGAAGUGGAACGAAAUAUGUUUGAUAUACGUUUGAUGAAAGAAGGCCGUAUGAAGGGACAGGCUUUCAUUGGGCUUCCUAAUGAAAAAGCAGCUGCUAAAGCUUUAAAAGAAGCAAAUGGAUAUGUCUUAUUUGAAAAACCCAUGGUGGUUCAAUUUGCUCGUUCAGCUAGACCAAAACAAGAUGCCAAUGAAGGGAAAAGAAAAAAGUAGAACGCUGCACAAGGUACGGAUUUGCUGCCUGAAAAUCAAAAUAAAUAGGCUGGGGUUUUUUGUUAAUUUGUUUUGUUGGGGGGUUGUUUGUUUUUAUUUAUUACUGUUUAGUGGUGAUUUUAAGAAUAUUGAUGGUGGAGGGGAAAUGUUCCAUACAAUUUUCUUUUCUAAAAUGUGCAUUUAUAUCAGAAAACAAGAGUGCAAUGUAUAUAGUUCCCGUAUAUUUAAAAUGCUGCUGCUUCCUCUGUUUAGAAACUCAGACUGCUAUUUCCCUAAUCCUGAUAUUCUAGGGUAGUUGUCAAUUUCUCUAAUCCUUAAUCUGGGGAGCUAAGGAGAGUAAUUCUGUGGGAUCAGACCACUUAGCUUUUUAGUUAUCUCCUGGGAUUUUGGCUUUGAAAAGAGUUGCCUCUUUUCUCCUUCCCUUCCAUUGUAAAGUGAUUCUGAAGAACUGUUUCCAGCAAUAAACUCACUUCUGCUAGCUCUGUAAAGGGCCUUUGGCUUUACUGAUGUUGGAAACUGAGAUCUUAAUGCUGUUGCAGCUUCCUUUGAACUUGUCUGAUUUAGGAAAGGAUAUUGUGUCAGAAAGUGCUACUUAGUGGUGCAUUGAUGCAAAUUUCCAUUGUUUUGGAAUGCAUAGGUCCAGAUUUCUGGCAUUAGUGUCUAAAUUUGAUGGGAAAGUAACUUUUAGCAGAAAGUAAUCACUAUUUAACCUUAUUUCCUGUCAUAAAGCUUUACUUCACUACUGCUUCCUCUUAACUGUGUUUUAUGUGGGAGUAACUCAAGCAAAAUCAGCUCUAAUGUAGCUGUGAAGGGUUUUGUGGCCUAAAAAAUAUUUAGUGAACUGUCAAAUUGGCAUGUGAAGUAACUGGUGCAAGAAUUAAAGUGCUUAUUUCUCUGCCUGCACCCUCUGACAGAUCAGCUAGCUCAAAUUUAAAAGACAUUUAAUUUAAUUACAUAUUUCAGUUGGGCAUCACUCUGGUUAUGCCUCUAUCUAAGACCAAAUGAACUCAAAGCUUAGUCUGAAUGCUUCUGAAACGUUCUACUUAAUCCAUGAUGUGUUUUUAAUCUGGAUGUUGUGAUCAUUUUUACUUUGGAAAAAGAUGUGAAGUUUGAAAUAAAGGAUAUAAACAGCUGUCUUUGAUUUUUAAAACUUGGUUGGAACACUGCAGUAUGGUUAUUGUAUGGGUAGUAUUUCUAUUUAUAACAGUUAUUUCAGUUGCAGGUUUCUUGUUCUAUCAUUAAUCUGAUGAAAAAUCCUUAGACAACAUUUGAGCUUCUUUCCAUCAUUUCUGAGAUGCUGUUUUGUUUUACUAGUUCCUAUUUUGAGUUACUGAUUGGUGGUUUGCAAAAUCUUUAUAAAAUUAAAGAUCACUCUUUCAGGCAUUCUUCUGUAUUGGUCACUGAAAUGAGCCUUGGCUAAAGUAUUCUAUUAGGAAUGAGGGUUUAUGGGAAUGUUUCAGUCUUUUUUUUUUUUUUUUCCCUUACUCCUUCCUUGUUAGAAGAAAACCUUGUAUUUAUAUUAUUUUAUUCAGCGUGUAAUAAGAAAAUUACUAAGGUUUCUUUAAGUGGCAGAAAGAAAUGUGAAGUAUUUUAUCUAUUGCAAACCUUAUAAAUGAAGUCUGAACACUUUCAUUCUUUUAGGAAUUCUGUCUUUCCAAUUUUGUACGUCUAAUUCCAGCUUCACUAGCAAUGCUGACUUAAUACAUACAGAAAACCAAAUAAGCACCUCGUUAUUAUUAAUCACAUUGAUGGUCAACUCAAAAGCUUUUUUUAGUCAGCAAACAUGUACUUAUGCAAGACUUACUUGUGCACCUGAAAGUCUUACAUGAGUUACCGUGGUGUCAUUGGUUUAAUGUAUCGUGGGCAGAACUUCUUCCUUACCUUGGCCACUUAUAUGUAAAAAUCACUCAAUGUGCCAAAGCCUAAUACAGAUUUCUAGGAAUCCAUGAGGUUUAAUGAGAAACAUUCAUUUCACUUCCCAACUAAUGAUGAAACUGAAUCCUAUUUCUGUGUGACUGUUUUUCCUGUUAGAAUAUUCUGAUAGAUGCUGAUAUAUGGUGCACAAUUCAUGGUAGACAUCUGAGUCUGUAAGGAAGAACAGUGUCAGAUUCUCAUUUGAGACAUAAAUAUGCAUAUGAACAAGUUCAUGUGAACAUCUGAGGGACUUCAAAUUUGAUUGUAUGCUGUGUCUCCAUGUUGUUCUCUUGUUAAUUUUUUAACAACUAAAUUAAACGUAAGUUAAACUCCUGAUUAUUUUUAAACAGGAAGAAGCUGUGUUAAUUCAUGAAUGUUAUUGCAAAUAUUCUUAUUUUUUACUGCUUAUAUUGUCUACAAAGUUUUUAUCCUUUGUAGUGAAAAUAAUACAUUGGUUUAUAAAAAGACUAUGUAACCCCUUGCUGGCUGAAAGGCCAUUUUCUUGAUGGACUGGCAAAAAUUUCAGUCAGUAGUUGGGGUGACUUUUCUGUAGCUAAAAUAAAUUUUUUGGGAGAAUGGUUAUUUAGAAGAAACUGUUGUUGAAAGGUCUCCAGCUUCUUCAUAGGGAAGAAGUGACUUUAAAGCCUUCAUUGAAUGGAAACAUGAUUGGGUUUUGGACCUGAUGGAAAAAAUGAGUCUGUAGAAUGGCAGAGACUUGAAGGAGAAUUGAGACAGAAAAAUCUGGUGUUGGCCUAAUAGUUCAAGUUAUCAAAAAAUGUAUUUACUUUUGAAUAUGGAGUGUAGUAUUGGUGGACUCAUCAGCCCUCAUUAAGUCUCAUAAGGGGUCAAAACUGUAUUUUAUCAAAAGGGCAUAUUUGCUUUUUAUAGGUAGCAUAAAGUUAUGUGUAUGUAAUACUGAGAAACAAGUAAAAUUAAACCACAUUCUGCUGUUCUUCUUUAGAAACAUUCCUGCGUAAAUACUGCAGUAAUACUGUCAUGCAGAGUGUAUCCUUUCUUGUUGUAUCCUUUUUUUGUGCAAUGUUUCCCGUAGCACUCAACUACAUUGAAGUUCUCAUAUAGAGUAGGUGUGGGGAGGAGUUUACAUGUGUUAGAGCUUGAACUGAUCUGGUAAUUCGAAAAGAAAAGGGCACUUUUUCAGGGUGGGGGGAAAAGUUGUCUAUGUUGCGUGAAUAUAUACAAUGAAGGUUCCUAGUCUUAAAAGGUGGCCUCCACCUUCUUCCUCAAAGGUCAUAUAACUUGCCAAUUUGUGGUCCAAUUCCUUAGUUUGUACAAGCUAGUACUGUUUCACUGAUGUGCAUGGAGCUGUACUGAGCUUGCACUGAGGGUGUAGUCUUGUUUUUCUUUAAAUAAAUACGAUAUGUUGGUAAAAAUAUAUUGCAGGGAAAUUCUUUAAUAUUAAAGGAUUGACCAGUAUUUAGAUUAUUUGAUGAUUACUGUUGUCUUGGUAUACAUGAAAUUAUCUGUAGUUGACUUAGUUUGUACAUUCCUUACUACUUUUUAGAGUAGAGAAGAAAAUCUAACAGUAUCUUGCAAUGAAGUGUUUGGAAUUGAACUGUUUAUCAACUAUUAAUCACUGCUACAGUUUUGUUGGUUUUAUUUUUUUUUUAGAUUCUCUGUAUUGAGGUAGUGUUGUUGCCAGUGACACAUUUCUCUUGUGGGUUUCAUAUUACAUUCUCAUUUAACUUAAUAUAAAACUAACACAGCCUAUAUCUCCUAAAUCAGUUUUUUUUCAGACAUUCAGCCCUUCUCUAAAUAAUGAACAUCUUUCAAUGUAGUUGUCAAAAGAAAGCAUAACACUAGUUUCUGUUUGUACUUACUUUUAACUUACCUUUGUGAUGUUCCAGGUCCCUUUUGUGUUCCAUCUCUUUCAAGUAUUAUCAAGCUGGGGGAAGAAGCAGCAUAAUCAUCAGGACUUUUGAACUGUGCGUAGUAGCAUUUUUAAAGUAUUUAAGGGAGAUUAUAGAAUUUUCUCAUCUUAAAGAUAUCUUUAAACUGUCACAAGACUUACAUAAGUGUAUGUUAGUUUGCUUGUGAAAUCGCUAAUAAAUUAUUUUCUUUCCCUUCA